AUGGUGAAGGAAACGAAUCCAGGAAGCUACAUUUGCAUUGAGCAUAAUGAAGGAAGGUUCAAAAGACUGUUCAUAUGUUAUGCUGCUUGCAUCAUUGGUUUCUUAAAUAGAUGUAGACCCCUAUUAUUUUUGGAUGGGACAUUUUUGACGGACAGAUACAAAGGCAUGCUCCUCAGCGCCAUAGCAUACGACGGAGAACAAGAGAUAUUUCCACUUGCGUAUUGCAUAUGCGAUCAGGAAAAUGUAGCUAAUUGGAGAUGGUUCCUUCAAGGCCUUUGGUCUAUACUGUAUGAACGAUCAGACCCAUACAAUCCUCCCCACCAAUUGGUAAUUAUUUUUAAUGUCGACAAGGGGCUUCGAGAAGUUGUGAGAGAAUAUGUUCCUGAAGCAAUUCACUCAAGAUGUGUUCUGGACCUGGUUAAAAAUUUUAGAUCAAAGCUAAAGAAUUUGGGAAUGAAGGCAAAAGACACACAAGUUUUGGGGAAUUUGCUCCAAUCUGCUUGCUAUAAAUAUACUAUAGCGGAAUGGAACGACUACAUAAAGGAAAUUUAUAAGAUGUCUCCAGCUGCAUAUGAGAUUGUAAUUAAUUACUCACCAGAGCAGUGGGCAAAUGCAUUCUUCCCUGACAUUAGAUAUGGUCAUGUGACCUCUAAUAUCACAGAAUUCUUUAACAGCUGGAUACGUGAAGCUCGAUUAUUACGUGUACUAUAA